AUGUCCGUACCCGUCGCAGACCCAACCCAGCCACCCAUGGUUCACCAAGCGCAGAAGCGCCCAAGAUCAGAAGACGAAGAGCAAGAAGCGCAAGCAAAGCGCGCCCGCAACGACUCCAUCACAACAUCCCAAGAGCAGCGCUACAACGACAACAAGCCCGCCAUCGAAGCCUGGUGCAAAGCGCAACAAACCCAUCCCAAAGCACGUUGGUACGAGAAGCUUCACGCUUGGGAAACAAAUGGCUGUCGCGACGUACGACGCAAGUCGCCCGCAACAACAUCGCCGCCUCCUCCCUUGCCCAUCACACAAACCCCCGGAAUGGAUUCGCCAGCCGAGAUUCUCACCACCCGCCAAAAAUGGGGCGACACAAAACCUGACCGACGCACGCAUCCACUCGACAAAGCCGCCGUCCCUGAAUACCCCACCGAAGACUCACUCGCAGCUUGUACAAAGAGGUCUGAUGGACUUUACAAGUGCCUACAUCCUGAGGGAAGUCACCAUAAGUGCUGCCGCGAGGGUCUUACAGAGAAGAACAAGAAACAUGCUAUUGGCAAGCAGAUCCGGGCGUGGAAGACGCGGGUUGAGGAGAUGGUGCUCAAGGGGGAGCUGCAUGUUGCGCAUAAGACGUGGGGGGAUUGGAAUAAGAAGAGUAAGGAGAGUUAUGGGGGGGAGGUGGGGAGGUGGGAUGGGCUGUUGAAGGGUGUACAAGGAAGGGGUAAAGGGGGGCAAGGACUUGGGACGCCAUCUCCUCGUCCUGCAGCGGCACCUGCUUCUCGUUCCGCAGUGGCGCCUGCUCAUCAGACUCCUAUUGAGGCCACACGUCAAGCAGUUCCGCAGGGAUUUGCGCCACAGCCAUUCGUCCCAUCUGCGUCACCGACUCAGCAGAUGUCCCCGUUGCAACAGACUACACCUGCACACGCGACAUCGCGGCAGUUCCAGCAUCAGUCUCCACCGCAGCGGCCAUUUCAACAUCCAGUCAACACGGGCAGCAUAGCGAGUUCACCUGCUCAUCUUGUGUCUUACCCGCAAUCUCAAGCGCAGCAUACCUUCCUCAACUCGCCAACACAAUCUCUCACUCCCUUGGCCAUAUCAACAAGUCCCGCCCCAGCAGCAAAGCGUCAAGCCGGCGAACCUGCAUUUGGCUACAAUGGAUUGCCGCCAAAUGGAUCACAUCGACAGCAGGAAAUUGCUAGCUUCUCUCCUCAGCGCAGGUCGCAGGAAGGUGCUGUGAUUGCGUCUGGAGCAGUGCCUGUGGUGACUCCAUAUGUGCCGCAACCUUCGCCGCCACUGGGUCAGGCACUAUCGCCAGUCGCAUCGAACCAUCCUAGCAAUGGAUACAGGCUGUCUCAGUCUAUGAGUCGAGGGCAAGAGCAGCGCCGACCGCAACAGCAAUCUCCAAAGCAGGCUCGAAUCGCGAGCCAACAGCAAGCUGAUGUCCAACUGCCAUCAUCAGGCGCACCGACAAACCAUGCGGCCAAACCACAUCCAGCGUCGACCCAGAUGGCUAAAAGCCCAAGCACAGCGCCAAAGCGCACUUCCGCGUCCUUGACCACACAAAACAUGUCCUCCACCACCCACACACUCUCGCCGGACAAGUCGUCCACGCUUGCAGCUUCAUCUCCUGCGAAGGCAGAGCCUGCUGUCGACUACCGACCGACAGCGAUGCGCAUGCUGCAACAGCAGAUCAGAGACCAGGCGCCUAUUGUGCUUGGUGGGCUGAAGAUCACCAGGGAUGAUGUGAACACGAACAUGAGUGGCUGUGUGGGAAGACUGGCGACAGCAUUGCGGGUGGAAGCUGAGGAAGCUGCAAAGAAAAAGGCCGAGGCAGCUGCACGGAUGGAGGUAGAAGAAGCUGCGCGGAAGGAGGUAGAAGAAGCUGCGCAGAAGAAAGCUGAAGAGACUGCGCGUGCCAACUCGAAAGACGCUUCUCAAGGCCAAGCUGGAACUACAGACGAGAUUACGGCUCUCACGGUCUCAAACGACAACGAAGGUCACGAACUAGACUACCUCUUCUCCUCCACCCCCAUCCCCGCCUCUCACAGCCACCCCAUCGACUUCGGCAACCCAAACGACUACCUCUUCUCGUCCAGCCCCGACAGUCCCGACAAUAACGAAUGGCGCCCAGACUUCAUGCCCGACCUAACACCCAACUUUGGCAAGAUGGACCUUAUCGGGAUGACGCAACGCGCCUUUGAAGAAGAACCCUCACCCUCACCCUCACAGCCAGAAGAGCAACCUGAGCCUGAACCAGAAGAAGACACACCAGCCGACCUGAGCUACCCCGAAGCGUGGUUCAUAGAAGACGUCGAGGAUUUUGUGACGCAGGGUCCGCUUCCUGAGUGGAUGCUACGGCCUACGACGGACUUCACUUUGGAGAAGAUGCAGGUAGAGGGGUUUGAUGGGGACUUGGGGAUGCCGGGGGAUCCGGAGGAGUGGUUGCAGGCGACUAGGGCCUGGCAGAAAGAGAAGAAGGCGGGUGCGCGUUGA